CCGGCGCCAAGAGAAUGCGCAGGUAUAAAUAGCAAGCUGUCACUCGGGACUGCAAGACAAGACUCUUCGCCUGUAGCCGCCAUGAAGGUCCCAGCUCUUCUUCUGCUCUUCGUCGCCGGCGCGCUCGGCCAGUCAUGCGUUGGGCGAUGCGGGGUGAAUGACGGAGUGUCGGGCUGCCAGUGCAACUCCGUCUGCAGCACCUACGGAGACUGCUGCAGCGACUACGAGGAAGUGUGCUUCUCUUGCAAGGGCCGCUGCGGGGAGGGCUACGUGCACUCCAAGCCGUGCCAGUGCAACAACGAGUGCAGCUCCCACGGCAACUGCUGCUCCGAUUUCGAUGUGGAGUGCGGAGGAGGAACCGGCGGGGGAGUGACAGACACCGACCUGAGGAACUUGAUGGAGGAGCUCUACUCCCUGGACGUCAACAGCGUCGGCAACCAGCUCGUCCUCGACCACCAGGGACAGGGAUCCUCGGGUGAACUCGCCCCUGAGAGACUCUUCGCCUCGGUGCCCGAGUCCGCCCUGACAGGCCCCACCGUCAGCCUCCUCCGCCAGCUGCAGGACAACUACUUCCCUUCCGUGGGCGUCGCCGAGGACGAGGACGCGGCGGAGGUCGCGGAGCAGGAGGCCUUCCUGGACGCCGUCAUGGCCACCCAGGUCAUGCAGCGCGCGGAAGCGUUCCUUGUUGAGAAAAAUCUGCUGAGCGGAAGCCUGCGGGACAAGCUGAAGGAGAUCUGGUUCAUGAUGUACACGAGGUCAGGGAGCACGCUGGGGUCCUCUGGCUUCGAGCACGUGUUCGUCGGGGAGCUGAAGAACGGGGUCGUGUCGGGCUUCCACAACUGGGUCAGCUUCUACCAGGAGGAACUGGAGGGCAACCUCAACUACAUGGGCUGGUCGAAGACGGUUGACCUUGGAGAUAAGGGAGAAAUCAUCAUGGACCACUUCGAAUGGCUGGGCGAACCCAAGAGCAUCGGGUCCAUGAUGGUCGGAACUUCGCCCGAGCUGGACAUGGCCAUGUUCACCGUGUGCUUCCUGGCCCGGCCCGAUUCCAAGUGCCCUACGCAGAUGAACAACCAUCAGUUCCAAGUUCAGACCUGGACUCUGGAUUACAAUGGCCAUGUUCUUGUUGGCAGCGCGUAUCCUGAUAUAUAAAGGCAUUAUAGUUUGA